CUCCACUGACAAGCACAGGAGUCACGCGCAUCAUUUGAACACGCACAAACACACGGAGUAACCAUAAAUUAACCAAUGAAUGUCAAUGUAUUUUAAAGAUAGCUCAAUGACAAACCAAACACGGAGUAUACCAUAUUUAUACAUUACAUAUAUAUAUAAAUAUUAUAUUCAUAGAGUGAUAGUCAAGGUCUCGCGCCACGCACCGUGGUGUCUUUACACAAAAAGCAUCGCUGUUCAACAAAGUUGCAAGUUCAACAAAUUCUAUCCAGUCAAUGUAAUCAAAAAUGGUGAGAGGAAAAGCUAGAAGAAAAACUGCCAGCCGGAUCCGUCCGGUCAGAACCAUUACGACCCGCAGUCAGCUGAAGAACAGCAGCAACUUCUUCCAGGGACUUCCACCGGAGGUGUUCCACAUCAUUCUGGAUCAUCUCUCUAUACUGGAGAUCAGUGUAUUCUGCUUGGCGUCCAAAAACAUGACUAGUUGUGUUGUGAACUAUAUCAGCACCCUGGCCUGGAAGAGCAAAACCAUCCUCCAAAACUUUCACAACACUGCCUUCCCUGGACAGAAAUGUGCAGGUGAACAUUUCAGACACCUUGGUUUAUUGUUCAAGAGAUGCACCAUGUUGCUGCCUACAAAGGACAGGCUGAAAUUCAUACUGAAGUUUUUACAGGUUCCGUGCUUCAUGCUGGAGGAGUGCUCUGUUCCAAACUGCAGUGGUUUGGUCCGAUACGGAGUGUUCCUGCAGACGCUAAUUGCAGGGUGGGAUGAGGUUGAGUGCCACAGAGUGUUCAUCUUUCUGUGUGAUGUCACCAACUUGCUGCAUAGAAUUCAGUCAGUCCUCACUGGGAAACCUGGGUUGAAAUGCUUUGAAGAGCUGGAGCUCCGUUUUUUCUGCCGUAAAGUUUUGCUGGACUUGUCACCAAACCAGUUAGAUUGCCAGUUUUGGCUCCUGCGUCUCCUAAAGCCUUGGCCCUUGGUCCAUCAGGCACACCUCUUGUUGAUCCUGUAUGGGCCACUGCUGUCUGAAGGCUCCAUCAGUUGGCAUGAUCUUGUGGUGCGAGGGCUACCUCAGGAUGCUCUGUGGGACCUGGCCAGGGCCAUUCUUAUGCUCUUCAACAAGCCAGAAGUGAAAGACUGGACAAUGCAGUCAACCCUAGCAGUUUUAGAGGAGAUCACUGCCAUCCCUCAGCCAUGGCAUGUGGAAAAUGUUGCCCGUCUCUUGGUGCUGUGUGGCACUAAGCUGUGUUACACGGUCUUGGCCAGCAGGGCCCUCUGUGGACGAAUCAAAGAGAUUGCCAAAGUGAUUGUCUACAUUAUUCUGGUGUGUGAAAAGGACGGCUAUGAAAUGACUUGGGCGGUGAAGCUGGUCCAGCAGAUCCACAUGGGCUUCCGCUCAGCUGUUGAAAAGUUCAUCUUCAUCCAUCAUCUGGAGAACAUGUUCUCGGAGGUCACCAGGGAGUUUUAUGAGUUUUAUGUAGCAGGCAACCAUCUUGAUGCCAGGGAUGCUUUCGGAACCUUGUGUCUCCUCCUGCACUCCAAUGCUACAUUUCAUGCAAAAUUCCUCCACAUGUUGCUUAAAUAGGAGCGAUGCAAAUCGACUUGAGGAGCACAACAAGAAAAAAGUGUCAUUUAUGUAUGAUAAAGCCAGAGAGAAAUGGAACAGCAUAGCAAAUGUUCAAUUUUAUCAAUUAAUUUAUUUUAUUACUUGGCAUGAAGCCAGCCUUUCAAUACUAUUUAAUAUGUAACACAUAUUUAAAAAGAAAGUUUGUGGACAGCUAUUUAUUUACAGCAAAUUUUUGUUGUAAUUGUAAUUGUAAUACACUGUUUUUGUGUUGUGUUGAUGUUUAUUCAGAUUGAUGUAUAGUUACAGUACUCUAUGGUUUUGUUUUACACACAAAUUUGGUCAGAACGUUCGGAAUUCCAAGUUGCAUGAUGGACUGACCUCCUAGGGGGAAAAAAACUAUGCAAUCAUUAAAUUCUGUACCAAGCUUUUAUUGUAUUCUAUCAUAAAACAUUAUUUAGUGUAUAGAAAAGUCAAAGUCAUAUGCAUGCAAAGUCAAAAUGAAUGGAAAAAAACAUGCUCACAAAUACUGAAAUGGUACACAUGUGGUAAGAUUUUUACAUACGUACAACUGUUCUUCAGUGUCAUCCAUAAUGUCAUACACGUAAGAAUGUUAUGUUAGCACACCGCAUAAAAAAACAACUCUUUUUGCGGAUGUUUUGUGAUGUAACCAUGGCUGAUGGAAUAUUACAAAAAAUACUGUAAAUUGAAUGAAGCAUGUAAAGAAAAUACCAAACUCUAAACCUAUUAGAUCAGGGGUCACCAACGUGGUGCCCGCGGGCACCAGGUAGCCCCCACGAACACAUGAGGUGCCCGCAAGCCUGCUUUUCAUUCAGGUUUUUAGUUAAUAAUGAAAGAACAGUAGAAAGAAAUGCAUUCUGAAAUAC